AACUAGAGAUGUCCAAAUUAUAGGGCCAGUCUCCUUUCAAAAAGGUUGGUGCAGGAUAGAACACGUCGGACCCAGUCACCGAUUACCAUGGCCAGCCAAGUAUUGCGCCUUCGACGUCCACCAGAGGUCCCAAAGCUGGCGGCACCUCCAAAACCAAGACACACCGGCAUACUCCAAGAUCAGCUUCGCAGGGCUGCUCGGCGACCAUGGAAUCCGGACUAUAGCACAGCCGUACGAAUACUGCUUCUUCUUCGUGUAGCUGGAGCGAUGUACUCUAACAUUCAAGACUGUGACGAGGUGUUCAAUUUUUGGGAACCCCUACAUUUUUUGGAGCACGGAAACGGCUUCCAGACGUGGGAAGUCACUCCAACGUUUGCCAUCCGCAGUUGGGGAUAUAUUCUACUCCACCUUCCGCUAGCAAGAUUAGGCGCCUUCUUUUCUUCCGGAAAAAGACCAGCUUUCUUCGCGGUUCGGAUAGCUCUUGCUGUCAUGUCCACCCUCUGUGAAGCCAAGUUUUGUAGGGUGGUUGUUGAUAAGGUUAACGAGCGCGUCGCCCGAUACUUGUUCUUCAUGCUUCUCUUCAACACCGGCAUGUGGAUUGCUUCUCCAGCGCUUCUGCCAUCGUCAUUCGUCAUGUAUGCUACCACCCUCGCGUUUGCUCAUGCUCUUGAACCAUCCAGUUUGAAGAAUGGUAGCAGAACUUUACUGGUCACUCUAUUAUUUGCCACAGGGGCUAUUGUUGGGUGGCCAUUUGGUCUAGCCCUUGCCCUACCCUUUGUAUUCGAGGAAUGUUUCGUGUUUGCAGGUGACACCGUUGUAUCAACCGAGUACAAACGUUGGAUCAUAACUCGCUGGAAGCGUUUGUUCGUUGCCGGCCUUGUUUCACUGUUUAUAUUCGUCCCUGUGGUUGCCAUUGACAGUGUUGCCUAUGGUCGGUGGACACUCGUGCCCUGGAACAUCGUCCGCUAUAAUAUCUUCGGCGGUGCUCAACGCGGCCCAGAUCUGUAUGGCACCUCCCCCUGGCAUUUUUACAUCACAAAUCUCCUCCUGAACUUUAAUAUCCUCCUCAUCCUUGCCCUUGCCUCCUUGCCAUCAUUAUUAAUUUCUUACUUCGUGGACAAGAAACGCCUUGGUAACCAGAAGUCGAGUCCUGGCCGCAGUUCUCCAUUUACUGUGUUGGCAUUGCGCUUGGUUCCGUCUUACCUCUGGAUCGGCAUUCUAUCAAUGCAAGCCCACAAAGAAGAACGCUUCAUGUACCCCAUAUACCCUCUACUAUGCUUCAACGCUGCUGUGACGCUUUACCUCCUUCGCGGAUGGAUGGAAGUAGUUUAUAUCCGCAUCACGAACUCCCCAUACAAGGCAUCUCGAUCGACAUUGUUCGGUACAGCGACACUCAUCGUCGUCGUUGCUUCGGGACUUAUUUCGAUCUCCCGUACCCUCGCUCUCUAUCACUACUACCAUGCACCGCUUGAUAUCUAUGGCCACUUCGAGGUCUUUGAACUCCCUCGCUUGCUUAACAGUACCGGCCUGCUACCGCCCGUUCCAGCCGAAGUGGAUGAGCGGGAUCGGCCAAAUAUCGACCUCACACCAAUCAAGGAGUUUAACCUCAGACUUUGUGUGGGUAAAGAAUGGCACCGCUUCCCUGGACAUUAUCUCGUCCCCACUGGCGUCGGAGUUGACUUCGUGAAGAGUGACUUCGCGGGAUUACUUCCAGCGCAUUUUCAACGUUCUUUUGGCCCCUGGUGGGAUAGGCAAGGAUCUAAACAAACGCCAGCGGGGCUAAACGACUUAAACCAGGAGGCUCAGGAAUUCUAUGUCCCGGUAGAAUCCUGUGACUACCUUGUAGAUCUUGAUUUCCCUCACCAUCCAACAUCGUCCCGGCAGGAACCGAGGUACGCAAUUGACGAAGAUGUUUGGCAACGUGUCGUCUGCCUUCCCUUCCUCGACGCCGCUCAUUCAUCGAGGUUGACGAGAACGCUCUGGAUCCCAGGAUCGUGGUGGCAGAGCAAGAACGAGUUCGGGGACUACUGUCUGCUCAGAAAUGAAGAACGUGUGCAUGAGAAGGAACGUAGAGUUGCUGCGCGUGUGCAGGGCGUUGACUUUUAGUGUAAUACCAAUGGGUUUAUAUCGCGGAAUAUGGAACGGUUCUCCCUGAAAUCAUGUUCGCGGCCGCCUCGAAAACGGCUGUCGUAUAGUAAUAUGUAUAUAGUACCACAGGGAAUGGCUAUUGGGCGAUGGG